AUGACCACCGCCAUCAACAUUGCCGACGUCCGUAUCGAAUGCAGGGAGUCGGCAUCGGCCAGCAAGCGCUUUAUCAAGCAUGUCCGACUCACGGCAACUCACCCUCAGUACGGGACUCUGGGCACGCUCGAGGCGUACAAGAUCGAGCGCGUAUAUGCGCUUAAAGGUCACUUCCUCGAGUACCUCGACGCCAAGUCCGCCGAGCUUUCCGACUUCGGGGAGAAGGUCCUUGACGAGAACCUGAACGUCUACUGGAAGCUCAUCGACCACGAGUAUCACAAGGGUACGGGCUGCUGGGGUGCAGAACUGAAUGACGGAGACAUUGUCUAUUUACACUCGGUUGAAGUCGGUGUGGAGGCUCGUUCACGCGCGGAAUGCCGUGUCUUGAACCCGCCCAUCAUCAACUUCUUUCGGAAGCUUGGCUUCCGUCGCAUUGGCAGGACAACUUACUUCGCCUACUCUCCCGACGCCGAUCAUCCAUCCCGCUCACUUGCUGCCUUCGAAGACCUGAAUAUCGAUCCAUACAAGUACGCGCAGAGGACGACCGGGGCUAUCCAAGACCAGGAAGCCGCCGCUCUGAAGCAAGCCUAUCCCCUGCACACGCUUUUGGACCCUCCCUUCUCGAUGACGGACCUCGUGAGGGGUCUACACCCCGGGAGUGAGCCGCGAACCCCGCCUCCGACGAAGGAAGACGUAGCCGCCGCCAUCGAGGCCGCAUAUACGCGCGACCCGGCCUCGAUACACGCCCGCGACGAGCGCGGCUUCACGCCCCUCUACAUUGCCGCCACCAAGGGCCACGGGCUCGCGCUCGAAAAGCUCUUCGACCUCGCUGACUGCCGCGAGGAUAUCCUCAGCCGCGACAACGUCGAGGACCAGAAUGCCAUCGAGGCGCACCUCGAGGCAAUGCGGCUUUCGAACAAGAUGAUGGCGGUGCUGGGGCCUGCGCCGCUGGGCUUUUCCGAUGGCGGCCUUUCAAUGAAUCACGCGCUGAGGAAGAAGGCGGGCGAAGAUGUUGGCACGCUGGAGGACUUUAUGGCGCGGCAGCGCUACGACUGCUCCUGCGGCCAGUGCCGCGGUGGAUGGCUCUCAGCGCGUAUGGCAGCCGCGCUCGUAGCGGAAGCUAAGAUGAACUUCGCCGUGGGCACCGAUAUGGCGUAUGACAGUUUCUCAAGACGUAGGAGGGAUUCCUUCGGCUUGGACUCGGAGCUCGACCUCCCAGGCGUUGAAUUCAUUCCGUCCCUACUUCGCCAACGCCUGAAUCGAACAUUCUACCAAGGCUUCCUCGGCGUCCACCGCGCUAUUGCUUCCCUCAUCGAACGCGGCGUCCUCCCCACGCCAGACGCUGUAAUCAACGAAGCGAUACACAACCGCACGGACGGAUACGAUCCCUUCGAUGUGCAGAUGUACCUCGCCAGCGGUGGCACGGCCGAGUUUGCGAUCAACUACCUCGUCUCCGCGACGAAGGACCAGAUGUUGGACGAUUCGCUUCUCGAGAUGGUCGAAGAGAGCGCGGACUGGGACGCGCUGCCGCGGUGUACGAAUGACUGGCAGUUUGCGCUAGCGGGACGAAUGAUGGGGCUUGUGUCGACGCAGCAGUGGGGGCCGUACGGGGAGGGUGAGGGAGGGCUGUUUGAAGAUGAAUUUGGGGGGAAGACCAGCGAUAGCUCGAAUGAAGGCGAGGUUGAGGAGGAUGUGGAGAUGGGUGGCGCAGGGCAGGCGGCCUCGUAUGGUGUAGAUAUGGCUGCCGCGGCGGGGUUGUACGAUGUAGAGGCGAUUCUGAGCAGCCUGCGUAGGUAG